AUGGCCGACCAAGCAGAACUCAUCGCCAACUUUGUCGCCGUCUCUGGCGCCACCCCCGAACAAGCCCAAUUCUACCUCGAGGCCAACAACUGGGACAUCAACGCGGCUACAAGCAGCUUUUACGAGGAGCCGCAGGCAGGGGGAGCAUCAGGAGGAAGAAGCAACAGGGGCGCAAGCCGUGUCGAUGAAGACGAUGAGGACUAUGUUGACGACGAAGACGACUUGGACGACAUUUUGGCCCAGUCUGCGCCCAAGUCUGCCUCGUCCGAGGGUAAGCGCAAGGCUGGCGACUCGAGCGCGUCCUCUGGCCGCAGACAAGGAGGUAUUGCCACCUUCCGCGACUUAGGCAAGAGCGAAGACGAGGAGACCGAUGAAUCGGACCAUGAGUCGCAGAAAUAUUUUGCCGGCGGCGAAAAAUCAGGAGUCAUGGUUCAGGGGCCUCCCGGAAAGAAGGACCCCAAUGCUUUGAUCGAGGAUAUCUUGAAGAAGGCCGCAAAGGGAGGUCAGGCUCGCGAGGAGGAGCCCCAGCAGCCUGCUGCCAAGAAGAGCUACUUCACUGGUUCUGGGAACCGUUUGGGAAGCGAAGGAGAGACUUCAUCGUCUGCCCCUACCCCUGUCCCUGCCCCUACUACGCCUGUCAGAGCUACUCCUUCCCCUGAGGUCUUGGAGACUGUCACUCGCAGCAUCACAUUCUGGAGGAACGGAUACAGUCUCGAUGAUGGUCCUUUGAUGAGCUACACCGACCCUGCCAACAGAGAAUUCUUGGAUGCCAUCAACAAGGGACAAGCACCUAUCAAAUACCUCAACAUCAAGCCUGGCCAGCCUGUCGACAUGCGUGUGGCGAAGCGUACGGAUGAGGAUUACAAGGAGCCUCCCAAGGCCCCACCAAAGGCCUUUGAUGGUACAGGAAAUCGCCUGGGCAGUAUUGCGUCCCCUCUCUCUUCUUCAUCCAGCAUUCCCGGAUCAUUCCCAGGGGCUGCCUCUUCUGCAGCCACACCACCACCCCGCAGCUUGCAGAUUGACGAGUCGCAACCGGUGACGUCGAUUCAGAUCCGGUUGGCGGAUGGAACGAGGAUGGUGGCGCGCUUCAACCACACACACACGAUCAAUGACAUUCGUGGAUUCAUCAAUGCUUCCCGUGCUGGUGAGGCCUCAAGACCCUAUGUGCUCCAGACUAGCUUCCCCAAGAAGGAUUUGGAGGAUGUGACACAGACUGUCAAGGAUGCUGGAUUGCUGAACGCCGUUGUCUUGCAGCGCCUGGCUUAA